AUGGCGCCGCCGAAGCCGACCUCUCCACCCAACCCCGCCUUCGCCUCCGCCUCCGCCUCCGCCCCCGCCUCCGACAAGAAGAAGGUGACCCCCAUCCAGGUCGCCUUCCUCGUCGAGCGCUACCUCGCUGACAACGGCUUCGCCGCCGCCCUCGCCGCCUUCCGCUCCGACGCCGCGCACCUCUUCGCCAAGACCAACAGCAAGAUGGCCACCCCCAAGGGCCUCCUCCCGCUCGCCGACAUCCUCCACGACUACAUCUCCCUCAAGGAGACGCGCCUCGCCGUCGACUCCGCCAUGCAGGGCAUGAGCUCCCUCGUCUCCGCCUACUACAGCUCCGCCUCCUCCACCGCGCUUGUCGCCGCGCAGGCGCAGCCCUCCUCGCCGCCGCUCGUCCCGCCCUUCUUCGUCUGCCCCACCGCAUCCUCUUCUCCCCCGCACCCAUACGUGUCCAUGCCUCCGCCACACACAGGCCCUCCUGGAUAUGCUACGCCUAUGAUACACUACACUCAGUCAUCCUCGUCGCUUGUCGUUCAGAAUUCAUCAAAUGCCAACAAUAUGCCCACCCCAGCGGUCAGCUCAAAGAAGAGAAAGGCACCUGCAAAGUCUACAAAAACCACUUCAGCCUCCAAGAAAAUAUGCGCCGCACCUGCAAGCUUGAACCCAAAAGGUAAAAGUGCAGCCUCUCUACUGCCAGCUCCUCAGCCAAGUUCAGCUGAACAUUCAGCGAUUGCACAACUGCCAGUCCAAGCCUCAUCUGUUGCAAAAAGCUUAUUCAAACCAGUCCAGCCUCAAGUCAGUUCUUCUCCUUGUACAGCUCAACAAAGCAAUCCCUUGGGCGAUGAGUCUGCUUCUUAUCAAACCCUAAGGCCGCCAUCUCUGGAUGCAACUGCUCCCACACAACAGGAGAUUGCUUCCUCUCAGUAUUCUAUAGUUUCUUCCAAGACUCUAAUCGUCAGUCCUAUGAAAGGUGGAACCUACUAUUCUGUUGAGAGGAGCUGCCAUGUUAGCUCCCCCUUAAAAUCAACCACCCAGAGGUCAAAAAGGGAACAUGUGAAAGGGAGGUUGGAUUUUGACAGUUCAGAUGCAAGGCCAGGUUCAACUGAAAAUGUUUGCGAGAAGGCCUCUACCUCUACCUCUGCAGACAACCAAGUGGAUUUUGACAUCGAUUUCACAAACUUUGAUAUAUUCAAUAACGACUUCUCAAUUUCUGAACUUCUACAAGACUUUGAUCUUGAGAAUGAAGGCAUCCAUUGUGGGAAUCCUUCCACAAAUGCUGAAAUUCAAAGACUACAGCCUACUGCAAAUAGUGUGGCAGAUCCAGUUUUCCCAGAUCCAAUGAAGCCAAUGGAAGUAGAUACAUCUGAAGCCAUCAAUUCACAAGGAACUACAUCUGUUACUUCUGUCAGAGCUAUUACUAAGAGGAUAAAGAUUGUUAGCCCAGAGAAGGGUCGCACAACUUCUUAG